AUGUAUCGUUUUAGGAAACCUAUCCAGUGGCUUAACAAGCUCUCACCAAGGAACAAGAAUUCGACUCACGAUGACUUGUCGACUUACGAUGACGAGUUGAUGCUAGACCGUGGUAUACUGUCCAGGCCACCCAUGGCUGACUCGAGGAUCGAACCUCUUCGUUCCACGACUUUCCCGGACACGCUUACGGAGGGAACUGCCGGGCCCAAGGCCACGGCUGGUAUCUUGCGAAAAACACUCGACGGCAAGAUCCAGCUGGACGACCACCCCAUGUACUGGGACCGGCGGUUCUUCGAUGAGAAAGUUAUAAAUUACUUCACCCCCGUGUUCAGCCACGUCUGCUUGUUCCCUCACGAGGAGCGCGAGGCCGUCAUGGCGGAGUGCACCCCGCUGUUCGAGAGGCUGGAGGAGGGCAUCAGAGACGUAGCGGACAGCAUCUCCAGGGGCGAGAUGACGGUGGACAGCCUCACCCCGUACAGGAGGAGCAAUGCGGCGCGCGCCAAGGUGUACCUGGAUAAGUUGACGGACCUGCACAUGACGCGGCUGGAUGUCGUCAGGGGACGGUACGACGAGCAGAUGAGGCUCUGGAGGGAGGCUCAGAGCCGGCUCUUUGAGGUCAAGUUUGAGAGGGAGACUAGAGAGAUCAUGAGGAUGCUGCGUAGGGGGCCGGAAGGAUGCAUUAACUUUUCGUAUCCUAUAUACGAGGCCGAUAGCCCAGAGGAUAAACCAUCAGAGUACCCUGGGCAGUGGCUCCGGUCUUGGGGCCAUCCUACAGCUCCUUGA